AUGGAAGACGCCCCAACCUUAAAAAGUAGUAUCCUAAUCUCUGACUAUAUCCGAUUUAGUGCAGUUUGCAAGCAUUGGCAAUCAGUCGCUUUACAUCGCAAGAAGCAGCGCCUCAAAUCAUGUCACAAGCAGAUUCCUAUGCUCAUCAUUCCCACCAUAGACGGUAGCGAAAGGCGUGGCUUUAAGAGGUUUUGUGGUUCUUCCCAUGGUUGGUUGGCCUGCGUGGAUGAGAAUCUGGUAGUAACCCUCUUAAAACCUUUCACCAGGUGUACCAUUAGCCUUCCACCAGUCCCCAAAUCCACUUGGAGAUCGACGGUAGCUUAUAGAUGUGAUUACUACAUUAAUAAAGUUGAAUUGUCUGCAGACCCUUCUUUUCUUCCUAAUGACUAUGAAGUAUUGGUCAUCUAUGAUGGCUAUGGGAAACAAGUAGCCCAUUUUAAGUCAGGGGAUGAUGCUUGGACUAGCAUAGAUCAAGUGAUUGGAUUCGAUGAUGUAAUUAAUUAUAAAGGCCAGUUUCUAGGUGUUAGUUUGGGUGGUAGUGUUUUUUCGAUGAAUGUUAGCAGGGAUCAAACUACUAAACCCCAUGUAAGCUUACUUGUGCCAAUGGCUCCAGGCACUGACAAUAAAACGUACCUUGUGCAAUCAUCCCAGGGAGAUCUUUUGCUGGUUAGGAAGUUCAAACGAGUUUUCAAGCUGUUCUGUGCUCAUGAGGAGAGACCCCAAUGGGUUGAGAUUGAAAGUGUUGGAAAUGAAGCUUUGUUUUUGGGUACCAAUCAAUCCAUGUGUGUCUCUGCGUUGGACUUUCCGGGUUGUCAGACAAAUUCCAUAUACUUCACUGAUGAUUGUGUAGAUGUAGAAUGCCAUAAACAUAAAGGACUUGGAAAACAGACACAUGGGAACGCAUUACUGCUUGGAUCGUUUGCAGAAGCACAUGCCACCAGCAAUUUGGAUUUUGCCCUCUAUGGUGUGAAAAGAUGGUUCCAGUUUUGUUCUUCAAUACCUCUUCCAUAUAUAUGA